CUCCCUCUCAACUUCCCAUGCACCGUCAGUACACUCCACUUCAUACGCCCUUGGCCUCUGCUCCUGCCUGGACCUCUGCAAGCCUCUUCCUAUUCCCUUAGCAGGAAGCCGCAUGCAUGGCUGCCCUGCAGCGCCUUCAGCCCGUGAGCCAUGUGGCUGUGAGCGGAGGCACCCACGGCAAUGAGAUGUCAGGCAUUUACCUGGUCAAGCACUGGCUACGGGAGCCCUCAGCGCUGCAGCGGGACAGCUUCUCAGCCACACCCUUCCUGGCCAACCCACUUGCCAUCGAGCGGUGCGUGCGCUACGUGGGGAGGGACCUGAACCGCACCUUCACCAAGCAGUUCCUCAACUCCAAGGCGGCAUGGGAUGAACCCUAUGAAGUGCAGCGCGCCCGCGAGAUCAACCAGCUCUACGGCCCCAAGGGCUCAGCCCAGGCCUUUGACUUCCUGUUCGAGCUGCACAACACCACAGCCAAUGUGGGGGCCUGCCUGAUUGCCAGCGUCCAGGACAACCUGCUGCCCAUGCACUUGUGCCACUUCAUCCAGACCCACUGCACGCUGGGGCAUUACCCCAUCCUCCUGUACAAUCUGCCAGACCAGGAGGCCUACUCCAUCAGUUCAGUGGCCAAGCAUGGGCUAGCAUUUGAGCUGGGGCCACAGCCCCAGGGAGUGCUGAGAGCUGACCUGCUCACUCAGAUGGGAGCCCUCGUGGCCUGUGCCCUGGAUUUCAUUGACCUCUUUAACAAAGGUACGACCUUCCCUGCCUUUGAGACGGAAGCCUACAGGUUCAUCGGGAGUGUGGAUUAUCCCCGCCACCCUGAUGGGGAGCUCUGUGCCUCAGUGCACUCCAAGCUGCAGGACAAGGAUUUCCUCCCCCUGAGGCCCGGGGAUCCCAUCUUCCAGACCUUCAGUGGGGAGGAGAUCCUGUACCAGGGCCAUGCCACCAUCUACCCCGUCUUCAUCAACGAGGCAGCCUACUACGAGAAAAAGAUUGCCUUCAACAAGACGGAGAAGUGCAGCCUUUCCAUCCCUGCCCUGCAGAGGGAGUGAGGAGAGGGGCAGAGGAGAUGGCAGAGCAGAGGGGAAUAAACAGAGAUGGGCUGGACUGGA